AUGGCCUCCCAAAACCAACAAGAGCCACCCAAGAAACCAGCCGACUUCAACCAUCUCCUCGCCACAUUCCCCACCCGUGAAGCCGACAACUCUGCAGUGAAGGAAUGGGUCAAGGCACUUCUGGAGUUUAGAGGAAUCUCGACCGCUCCUUACCUACGACCCGAUGGUAUUCGCUGGAUUGGUCUUAAUCUCCACGAGCUUUCGAGAGAAAAGUUGAUGGAGGAUGAUCCUGCUGGGAUUCAAACACAUACUCGUGUUAUUGCGGAUUCUAUUAUCCUGUUUCGUACUGCUAAGGUAUUUUCAUGAUUAGUGGUUUGAUUUAGUGGGAUGUGCUGAUUUAAGGGGUAGAAUAAGGAGUCUGAAUGCAAGGAAUUGGAUCACCAAGUUCAUCGUACUGAACUGUUCAAUUUCUUUUUUAAGCACCUUUGGAUGAUGAUUUUCCUCGAGUUGGCAAUUACUGUGAUUUUGAUGUGAGUUUACCCCAAUAAAGCAUAUUUGAGGGGUCAUGGAUGUUGCACCGAUUCACCAAAAUUGAACAGCGAAUUUAUGAGCAGACUGGUUUGGGGAAUGUCGGGAUAGCUGCCACUUCUCCAAUCCGAGUUCUUCAUACCCUCUCCACAACUCACCAGCACUGGAAAGAAUCCUAUUUCCAUAACCCGGUGGAAAACUAUACUAAUCCAAUUCCUCCAGAUACACCAGCGGUAAAUCCAUGACCGACGACCACAACACCUCAGCGUGUCAUUACAUCGAAACGCUACGCAUCCAUAAAAAUUACUUCAAUCAGAGCUCAGGAGCAGCUUCGAUGGAUUUGUCAAAUAUGCAAACCGCGGCGGAUCAAAUCCUCGUCACGACCACUUUAAACUCUGAAAUCGUCAAUCUGUCUGAGGAAGUCAAACAGGAGCCUAAACUUAACAAGAUGGUAGACGAGAGCACGUCAGCGGUAUCAAGCGAGAUGAAGAGCACUUAUUCUCCUCUGGUCCGGCUUUUGCAAGGUAAAAUCAGUUUGAUCUGUAUUGUGAUUUUCAUUGCGUGUGUUGUCGUACUAGUUCUAGGUUUUGGGAUUUUGGGCAGAGUGGGUGGGGGAGAGCGCUCUCUUCCUAAGUAG